AUGCCCAAGCCCUAUGUAUCGGAGACCAUGAAACGUUUGGGAAAGCUGUUUACCCCACCACCACCCCCAGCACCACCUCAGCCUUCACCCCCAGACUCACCUCCAACCUCACCCCUCCGUCCACCAACCAUCUACGCGUUCACCCCGACCCCUUCCAACGCUCAAAGGGAAGCUGUCGCCCGGCUGUUUCGACACGAUAGGCUUCCUAGCAAACCGCCCAACCCCUCGACCCGGAUUGGACCAACUCUGGAAGAGCUCAUUUCCUUUGCAGACCCUGCACUGCCCAUUGCUGGAGGUGCUGACGAUUAUCCCCCCCUCGUCGACUUAAUUCUCUCUCAGAGCCUCACCCAGAAUACCAAAGCCUUCCCUCACCUAUCAGGGGAGUCCUGCGACCUCGUAAACGCUGCUCUCGAUCCUGGAUUGAUUGAAUACACUCGCAGAAUUGACCGAAAUUAUAAAGAAGGGGCUGUGGUGGAAAAGAUCAUGCGAAAGUUAAGAGAGGAAUUAAAUAAACACAGACUCAAACGGCCGAUACAAUCUUACGCACACUAUCGCGUCCGACAAUUUGUUGGGAUAAACUACAUCGGUAUAAUCAAUAUGCUCCUUGAACAAACCACUAUUCCUUCUGGCCACGCUCCUCAGUGGGGGAUGACCCCUACCGGGGUCAUGGAAGAUGAUGAGCUUCCUCCAGUCCCCGAGGCUCCUAUCAAGCUCGAUUCCACUUCUGGACUUUACUUCACGGAUCUUCCAAGAGAUGAAGGUCUCGCUUACGCUAUCUUGGAAUUCGAGACGCCCAAACAGAUACCCAGUCGGGUGUUCGACGCCAUCGAGCAGGCAUUCGAAAGAGGUCUAUUGACCCUGGGGCCUACUGGGAAAGUGCAGUUCGAAGUUGAUGAGGAAGCGCAGAGGCGGGAGGACCAGUAUAUACGGGAUAGUAUGACUCGAGCCAUGGGAAGGGUCUGGUGUUAUAUGAGGCUCAAUAAGUGUCGUAUCGGUGUCUUGUCUACUCUAAAAGACUCUCUCGUCUUCUACGCAGUCGAUCAGAGACUCAGAAUCGGCGCAAGAAUGAGACAUGGCCGGCAAGAAGAUCACCCAUCCUGCAAAUCGAUGUUCGCCCUUCUUUUGGCAAUGUCUCUCAUGAAUCCCAACGAUCUACUUUUGCCACACAGCCGAGCAGCUCAGACGACUUACAGUGCCUUCCGACUGGAUCAAUAG